AGACAGUAAAAAUGAUAUAAUACGAGAAUAGAAAAGAGACAGUCCUGAUGUAAAGGUGUGUGAAAUAAUUCUAUGGCUUGGAAGCAUUCUUUAUAAAGAAAAACGUGUGAGUACUUGGGAUCAGGAAGUUUGGGUAUACACUGUAGAUGUUUACGAAAACAUGGAGUUAGAAUCACUACUGCAGAACUACGUUCGAGUAAAAAAAUCGAAGAACAUUCCAGAAGAGGUUGAGAAAAAGGAAGAUGAAUACUUUCAGAAGAUGUAUCAGCAGUGGAAGGGUGCAAAGGCUAAGGAGGAUUCCACUUACAAAGUCAUACCAAAAUUUUAUUUCAAAUUGCCGAAGGAAGACGAGAUUCUACCACAGAAAUUACGCGAGGAAACACGUGCCUUAUUCCUGCAAAGACGCUCUCGACAAUUGCUCGAUAACAACGAGCUCAAGGCAUUGUGGGUUUUGUUGGACAAACAUCACAGUCCGCCUCUGUCGGGAGACGAGCAGUUGAUCAAUUAUGAGGACUUUAAGAAAGUGGGCAAGUUGGCAGGGACAAAAUGUAGUCCGUACUUUACUGCUGUUGUUUUUGCCAAACUGCAGCAAGGAGAUCCACAUGGCAGAAUUAGCAUUAUGGCAUUGUUUAAUUAUGUCAUGCGAAAAGUUUGGUUGCAUCAAACGAGAAUUGGACUUUCUUUGUAUGACAUCACUGGACAGGGUUACCUCAGAGAGUCAGAUUUAGAGAAUUACAUCUUAGAACUGAUACCGACGCUGCCUCAACUCGAGGGCCUGGAAAAGUCCUUCCAUUCAUUUUACGUGUGCACAGCUGUCAGGAAAUUCUUGUUCUUCUUAGACCCGCUUCGAACCGGCAGAGUUCGCAUUCAGGAUAUUUUAGCGUGUAGUUUUCUGGAUGAUCUUCUCGAAUUGCGAGACGAGGAUUUACCCAAAGAUUUGCAGGAGGCCAAUUGGUUUUCUGCACCGUCUGCUCUCAAAGUAUAUGGCAUGUACCUUAAUCUCGAUAAGGAUCAUAAUGGAAUGUUGAACAAAGAGGAACUCGCUGGAUAUGGCACUGGUACUUUAACCAAUGUCUUUCUCGAAAGAGUAUUUCAAGAAUGCUUAACCUAUGAGGGCGAAAUCGACUAUAAGACAUAUUUAGAUUUCGUUUUGGCAUUAGAGAAUCGACAUGAACCUCAAAGUCUUCAUUACCUAUUUAGAAUUAUUGAUAUUAACAAUCGCGGUUAUUUAGACUCUUUUUGUCUCAAUUAUUUCUUCAGGGCCAUACAAGAACAGAUGACGAUGCAUGGUCAGGAACCUGUUAAUUUUGAGGAUGUUAAAGAUGAAAUAUUUGAUAUGGUGAAGCCAGCAGAUCCGUGUAAAAUUACGCUGCAGGAUUUAUUGUCUUGCGGGCAAGGCGACACGAUGGUCAGUAUACUGAUUGAAUUCCAUGGCUUUUGGGCGUACGAAAAUCGCGAAGCCAUGGCGGCUGAUACCGGCGAUGAAUCAUCCCAUGUAUGACGAAGCACUUCCCAUCCCAGAAUACGAGAUAAACGUCCCAUCGGGACAGAUAGUGUACGACUGAACGUUUAACACUUAAUGUGUUUAAUAUUAUUGACGUUGUGAUGCCUUUUAUAGUAAUAGAAUUUUUAUAAAUUUAUUAGUGCCAGAAUUGGCAAUCACCAUCGCAUAUGUAUAACUUUAGAAUUAAUAUAUUCUAUAUACUUAUAUUUCUUACAA